AAAAACUGAAUAUAUUAUUUUACAGGAAUCUACCAGCACGUAAGUGGAGAGAUGCACGGAGGACAUGCGGUGAAAAUAAUCGGAUGGGGCUCUGAGAACGGCGUUCCCUAUUGGCUGAUCGCCAACUCCUGGAACGAUGAUUGGGGUGAAAAUGGCUACUUCAGGAUGCUGCGCGGCUCAAACGAAUGUGAGAUUGAGUCCGGAGUGAUGGCUGGUAUACCCAAAGUUGAGAAAAACUAUGUUCGACCUCAAAAAUCACACAGGAAGGAUUAUCAUUGAUUUAGCAAAGAAUCUUUUUUAUUAGCAAAUAUAGAGAAUACAAAAAACACUUUUCAAUAAAGUAAAACAAUAUUAUUUCACACUUCUUGUUACAAGAAAAAUGUACAACGGAGCAGUCACCCCUCCAUUUCAUCAACAAGAUUAUUUCAUGACAUAUAAAAACAAUAACAUUUA